GUCUCUGCGUGGGAACACCUUACACUCCCAAUGACGAUAAGUAUAAUCGUGCGGUCGUCGUUUCCCCCACCGCUCUGACGUGGUCGUCGUUAUCCGACACUCAUCAUCUUCUCUUAUCAUUUUCCUUCAUGUUAUUGCUCCUGUGUCUAGUUCGAGCCACCAAACACAUAAGCCAAGCAUACAACUUGUGUUUGCUGGUGGUCUCCAUUGUCUAAUGGAUCCUACACUCUUAUCUAAUUGGUCCCUCGAAACACUGCGUAGGAGAUGAUGCACAUCUACCUAGAACUAUACAAUACUACUACUAAUACUAAUACUUAUGGUAACAUGUACCUAUCUACCACUACCAGUCCAUCAACGUCGGCAACGCUACUGCCAUGGCAAAAAGCUGCCAUUCCUCUGCUGAGUCGCCCUCCUCCUCCACCGCCACCGGCACCGCCAACAACAGCAGUGGCGUCAGUGGUGUUACUAACGCCACUGCUGCAGGUGCUCACUUACACAGCUCUCUCAGGUCUCUAAACAAAGCUUCUUAUAAGAUAACCAAACCCCUUCCCAAACACCCCAACCUUGGCCUGGUUAGGGAGCAGCAGGCGGCGCUUACAACUGGCGGCGGAGGAGCGCCGUCGCAGCCGCCGAUCUACAACAUCGACAAGAGCGACUUCCGCAGCCUCGUCCAGAAGCUCACAGGGUCGGCGACCCACCGCCACCAGCUCGGCCCUGCAGCGCCACCGCCUUCCGCACCCGGCCCUCCCCCUACUUCCCGGCUCCACCGCAUUCGCCCGCCACCGCUCGCCCACCUCACCCCCCGCCCGCUUCCCCUGUACUCAUGGACCCGGCCUCCGCCGCUCUCGCCGCUACCACCGCUGCCCACCGUCAGCGCUGCGGCGGAAUCGCCGAUAUCGGCAUACAUGCGCCGCCUGCAGAACGGCUACCUGCCUGACAUCCAGCCGUCUCUGACCGCCGCGCUGGUGCUCCCCCCGCUCGGCUCGCGACUGCCGUCCCCUGGGACGGCAUACGAGAUGAUGGUGGCCCAGGGACUGGUGUUGCCGACAUCACCUGUAGUGCAGCUGCCGAGCUCAAUGUUGGGCGAGCCCUCACGCCACCAAGUUUCCAUCUCUUCUCCACUGGUCUUCGACGAAGGUAUGUUGAGCCAUCACUUAGGCUGAGUACUAAUAGGAUUCCACCCUCUUCUGUGUUCUUAGUUUUGUAAGCUGCAUGUAAAUACAGUGAUCAACAAGAACUUGAACUCCUUUAGGACAGAUCUGAUGCUGUGUCCAAAGCAACAAAUAAGUGUUUUGUUUGUAAAUGGAUUACAAUCAUGUAAAUCUCUGUGAAAAAGCUGCUUUUUAGUGUCAAAAAUAUGACUGGUCUCA